UCAUUUCUAUGUCAAAUCUCAAAUAUUCUUCUUCUGUGCUUCAACAAAGCUUAAAGCAAACCCAGAAAGAAGGUACUUCAAUCCAAAAAGGGGACCACAGGGCAGUGAAGGGCUUCAAUUUCUUCUGGUAAUUGAUUAAAAAUCCUAUCUUUUACCUUGUGCCAAUCUUACAGAAGGUUAUGAAUUUUGUUUGGAUCUGACUGAAAGAUUAGAGGUUUAUGCUUUGUUGGAAUAUCUACACUGUAAUGCUGGUGUUUAUGGUAUGAUUGUUGAAGUUAUCACUAUAUGAAUUAUGGGUUUUUUAUCUGAUGCUGGAAAGGUUCAAUCUUUUGGGUUGGGAAGCAUGGAUUGAGAGUUUGGAAAUUGGGGAUUAGGGUAGAAUCAUUGAAGUGAUAUUGGGUUGUUUAGGUUUUUGAGAACCAUGGAUGGUGCUGGGGAAGCUUCUGUUUCUGGGUCUGCAGUGUCUAGUGUGAAACCUAUGCGAAAUGGGUUUUCUGGUGAAGAUGAUAGGUGCCCCAAGCAAGUGUCGCCUAUUAGAGGCAGUGGGUCAAGGAAUACAAGCCCUUUGGGUUGUGUAAGGUCAAGAAACACUAGCCCUUCUAGGCAAAAGGUGGUUAAGACAAAGCCGAGGGGAUUAGAUGAGGAAACAGCUGCCACAUUUGGUAAAGCAGUGCACCCUGAUGUUCAAAUGGAGGAUAAUAUUUGGGCAAUGCUGCCUGAGGAUCUGUUGAAUGAGAUAUUAGCUAGGGUUCCACCGUUUAUGAUAUUCAGGCUCCGAUGUGUUUGUAAAAGAUGGAACGCCAUUCUACAAGAUAAAAGCUUCAUUAAGUUCCACUCGCAAGUGCCGUCUCAUGGGCCCUGUCUUCUCACGUUUUGGAAGAAUUCUCAAACUCCGCAAUGCUCAGUGUUCAGCUUGCCACUGAAAACAUGGUACAGGAUUCCAUUCACAUUUUUACCGCAGUGGGCGUUCUGGUUAGUUGGCUCUUCUGCUGGUCUAGUUUGCUUCUCAGGGCUUGAUGGCUUAGUUUUUAAAACCUUAGUGUGCAACCCUCUAACACAAACUUGGAGAACUCUGCCUAGUAUGCAUUAUAAUCAGCAAAGGCAGCUGAUAAUGGUUGUUGAUAGGAAGGAUCGAUCAUUUAAAGUUAUAGCCACUAGUGAUAUCUAUGGUGACAAAUCCUUGCCCACUGAAGUGUAUGAUUCGAAACUCAAUAUUUGGUCAAUUCACCAGAUAAUGCCUGCAGUUAAUCUAUGCUCUUCAAAGAUGGCAUAUUGUGACUCAAGAUUGUAUUUGGAAACUCUUUCUCCACUUGGUCUGAUGAUGUAUCGGCUGGACACAGGUUACUGGGAACAUAUUCCAGCUAAGUUCCCUCGAUCAUUACUGGAUGGUUAUUUGGUUGCUGGCACCCAGAAGCGUCUGUUUCUAGUUGGAAGAAUCGGUCUCUAUAGUACUCUUCAGAGUAUGAGAAUUUGGGAAUUGGAUCAUACGAAAUUUAUGUGGGUGGAGAUCAGCAGGAUGCCGCCAAAGUACUUUCGGUCUUUGUUAAGGUUAUCAGCUGAGAGAUUUGAGUGCUCCGGACAGGAUAACUUAAUCUGCUUCACAUCUUGGAACCAAGGGAAGGGCCUUCUUUAUGACGUGGAUAAGAAGAUGUGGUCUUGGAUUGCAGGCUGUGCUCUUCAGUCAUACAACAGCCAGGUUUGUUUUUAUGAGCCAAGAUUUGAUGCUUCCAUCUACUAAAGCUGAAAGUACUGCUUUGCAGUUCUUAAAUCAAUCAAGGAAAUUGACGAGGGGAUAUCUUCUCUAGUCAGCAUCUCUCUCUUGAUUCAUUCUUGGCUAAUCAUUUUACUGCGGCUCUAUUGCAAUGACAAUGCGGAUGCAUUUCCGACUACAUUUUUGUCGAUGACAUUUCAUUGGAUGCAAAUUGCGAGCUUAUAACCCCAAUCAAGGGAUCCUUGACGUCGAAUGACUGAACAAGGUUUUAGUUGGAGACUGAGGCUUUAAAAAGUGAACAUGGGCCAGGCGAAGAAUUGUAAGAUGGCAAUUUUUCCAACUCUUGUACACUUUAUAAAAUCUCUAUCAUAUCCAACUUGUAAUAAAUCUUCAAUCUUCGUGGUGCCUUGCUCAUUCCAUUUAGUCAUUUACUAUCUGAUAACCUUUUCGCAUGGUUUGUGCUUUUGUUCCAAGUUCAU